ACAAAAAUAUAGUAUCUUCUGCAUUUUACGUUACAGUUUUAUGUAAUGAGAUUAUUUCCGUGUUACGCAUUAGCCGGAAAAUGCAACAUUUACUUUCACUCUUGCUGCAUCGGAAGGCACAAUAACACAUUUACUUUUGUAAACUAUGAAUAAAUUAUCAUUACAUUAAGAGAGAUGCCUCUUAAGAAUCUUUUCUACUAUACAUUUAAAACUUCUGCAAAAGCUUAAGAUGGAUGACGAUGAAGAUGUACCAACCCUGUCAGCGGAAACUUUUGCAGCCCUACAGGAGUUCUACACUGAACAACGGAAGCGACAAGAAAUAAUGACCAAGCUGGAAGCUGAUGACAAGCUCAAAGAAAAUAUACUAUUUGAUGAAAACUGGCAACUAAGUCAAUUCUGGUAUGACGAGGCAACAGUGCAGGCUCUGGUGAAGGUAGUGGACAAAAUGCUGCCUGACGGUGGGAGGGUGGCUCUCAUCUCCUGCCCCACGCUGUUCGUGCCGGUCAAGAGACAGAUAGAAGAUAGAGCAACAGUUUCCCUGCUAGAAUACGAUAGACGGUUCGAGGUGCACGCUCCAGACUUCAUCUUCUAUGACUACAACACACCAGAAAAACUGCCGCCUGAAGCUCUACAUUCAUACGACUUGGUCGUAGCAGACCCUCCUUUCUUAUCCGAAGAAUGCAUCAGUAAAACCUCUGAGACAAUAAAGUUGCUAGCCAAAGGCAAUAUAGUGGUGUGUACGGGUGCCGUAAUGAAGGAAAAUGUUGAAAAACUACUGGCGCUGAAGUUGUGCCAGUUUCAGCCGCAUCAUAGGAACAAUUUGGCCAAUGAGUUUGCUUGUUACGCUAAUUUUGAUUUAGAUAGUGUGUUAAGAUGAAAAGCAUAAGUUGGAGAUAUAGUUUUAAGAAUAGUAAGAGAAUAAUGGAUGUGGAUAAAGCGAAACCAGUAUGCACCAAAUAUAAUGACAUACAUACAUAAAAUCACGUCUAAAUCCAUUGUGGAUUAGUCAGAGCCAACAGUCUUAAAGACUGAUAAACCACAUUCAGCUGUUGUUUGGCUAAAUGAUAGAAUUGAGAUUCAAAUAGUGACAGGUUGCUAGCCCAUCGCCUAAAAUAAGAAUCCCAAGUUCACAAGCCUAUCCCAAGUUUACAAGCCUAUCCCGUAUCAUGAUAAUUGGGAAAAUUUUAUCUCUACCUACCCCUCCGGAAAAGGGACAUUACGUAUGUUUAUUUUCAAAGGUGAUGCAUUUGUGCCGUUACCCUUAACCAUUAAUCUAAAUGUUAUUGAUUUAUAUAAAAACACUUUAUUUUAAAUAAAAAAUGUUCAAGACA